CGUGUCUUAGCAGCGCCGAAUCGUCAUCACGGCGCCGAUAUCGAGUCGCAAAUAAAUGCGCGCGUGGCGAGAGCGAGAGCGAGAGAAGGAGAGAAGGACAGGCGAUACGUGUCAGCUGUCUAUUCCGCGUGGAGGAGGAGAGCGAGAUGGAGAAGGAUCCGCGUUUAGAGCGUCGUGUCCAUCAGCUACCUGGCGCUUCGUCGUCGUCGCCGCCGUUCUCGUCUUUAUCGUCGUCAUCACCGUCAUCGUCGUUGCUCUCUGUCGUAGACGCCGCUCCGGUUUUAGUAGUAGCGUCGCGACGCCCCGGGCCGGCCGACCGCGCGCGCGCGUGUGUGCACGUGUCGCGAGGUGACGCGAUGCAAAGCGUUGGCGCUCAGGCCGAGGCCGCACGACAGAUCGUCGAGUUUGAGGAGCUGGUGUCGCGGUUGGAUCGCAUCAACGACGUCGUGGUGCGCCGGCCGUCGACGACGACGUCGACGUCGACAUCGGUGCCGUCGUCGUCGCCGCCGGCACGAGCGUCGCAGCUGGCCGGCGCGGCGUCGUCCCUGCCGUACGAUCGACGUCCGAGCGCGUCGGAGACGGCGCGCGAUUCCGCGUACGACGUCGCCGAGCGGGUACGUGUGCAUAUUGGCAUCGACGAGGAUCUGCGGAUGAUCCUUGAGAUGGACCCGUCGAUCGUCGACGGGACGCUCGGCCCGGUUGUUUUGCCCAAUGACAGUCAUCUCACCGUGGCGCAAUCGUUGCGCGCCACGCGACCGCAAGGCUGUCCGCCAACGUUCAAAACUACGACGCCGACGUCGCGCACACAAUUGAAGCUACAGCUGAUGCGGGAGCAGCUGCAGGAGCAAGAGAGGCGACAAGCAGAAUUCCGGCAGAGCUUGCAGCAGCAAAGACCAGCUGCCGCACCGCCCAGACCAGUACCUCCUACGCCGUUGCCCACGAUUGGCGUGGAUGUUCCGCCGCAAGUAUUGCAAGUGCGCACGCUGUUGGAGAACCCAACGCGCUACCACGUGGUGCAGAAGCAGAAGAACCAGGUGCGCCAGUACCUGCACGAAUCGUUCCGUGGCGGUGAAGUCGGCGGGGGUGGCAGUAAUGCGGUUGUCGGCGGAAGCGCUGGUAGCGAGGGUGGCGGCAGGACGCCGGUCGACGCCGGGCCGCCACCCGUUCCAAUGGUGGUGCAAAGUGCACCGCCCGGCCCGCAGCUGCAUCACCCGAAGCCGCAGCAUCCUCAUCUCGCCUCGUACCCGCAUGCCCCCGCACUGCUGCCGCACCACCCCGGUAACCCGACGGUGGUCUCGCCGAGUCCGGACCCCGCCAUGUCCACCACCGGCACCAUGUCCCCCGGUCUGUCCAGCGUCGCCACCAGCAACUCCGAGGCUGAGGACCUCCUGGACGACAUCUUGUCGUUCGAGGCUGGUUCCUUGGGUGACGGACUGAAGGACGGUCAAGCCGGAAGUCUCACGAAUAUACCGGAGCUUCAAAUCAAGCCAGAACCUCUUUUGCUCACAGAAGCAGAGAUCCACGCCCUCGCCAAGGAUCGACAAAAGAAGGAUAAUCACAAUAUGAUCGAGAGACGGCGGCGUUUCAACAUCAACGACAGGAUCAAGGAGCUCGGCACCCUCCUGCCCAAGACCAAUGACCCAUAUUACGAGAUUGUCAGGGACGUCAGGCCGAACAAGGGCACGAUCCUCAAGUCUUCGGUCGAGUACAUAAAAUUGCUGAAGAACGAGCUCACGAGGAUGAAGCAGAACGAACUCAGGCAUAAGCAACUGGAACACCAGAAUCGACGGUUGCUCCUGCGCGUGCAGGAACUCGAGCUGCAGGCAAAGGCACACGGGCUUCCGCUCUCCGACUUCAACUGGGCGUCCACUUCCGCCGCUAUGCUCAACACCUUCCCAAGGAGUAAACUCGAACAACGAAAGAUGCCGGAUUUGGUAACGGAGGAGGCGACGAGUCUGAGCAUGUCGCAGCUCGAAGACCUCAUGGAGGACGACACUGGUGGUCCAGUACACGGCGGCGACCCGAUGCUGUCGUCGCCGCACCUGCCGCCGCUCAGCCCACCUGCGGCCGCCUGUCACCACGGCUUAGCCGACGAGGACACCCUCGGCAGCUUAGCGGUCACCACGUCGAAUUCCUCGUCCGACAUGGACAUCGUCGCGUAGCCGACGAACCGCCGUCGUCCGUCAGCCUCGCGGCAUCGAAACCGCCGAGACCCCGUCGCGGAUUCUCCGCUCGUCGCUCGACCGAAGUGAUCGAUUCAGGUUUACGUGAGGGUGCCAGGACACCGAGAUACCACGCGUUGCGACGUCGUACAUCUUGAUCGCAACGGGAUCGGACGGAAGGGGAGUUCUCGAUUGGAUUUUAUUGGAGUGCGCGCGGUGCUCUGACUGCACGGAUUUAUCUAAAACUCGUUAUCGGCUCGAGAUCGGGGGAGGAUCUUACCUCCGGCGGAAGCGCCGGCGGAGGAAAUGAAGACGGAUACUUCGGGUGUGGACCGGAUGUUGUCUCACCACGGUGAAGUUUCGUCGGAAAUCGUGCCGCAUAUUCCAAUCGAUUCGCCGAGCGGACGGAGCACCGUCGUUCGUACCUGAAGUACGAUCGGUCGUUGAUACGGGCCAGAAAAUCUCGAUAUUCUUCUGAGAUGGAAUUCCAAUGACUUGAGCUUGAUGUGAGAAAGCACACAUAUGAAGAAAAGCAAGAAGACUGGAAGCUGCCGUUAAAAUACUCCCAUGAAGAUAUUCGACUUGGCGCAUUUUCGACCACAUACUCAUCGCAUCGUAUGGAUACCUGCUAAUUAUCACGCCGCUCCUUGUGAGGACCAUCUCGCAUGUGCUCCCCAUAAUUGUCGGGAAUAUAUCCGGCUAUUAUCGUUGCGACAUCGCUCCCCUUGAUCUGACACAUUAUCGAUCACUAAUACGAGUAUCCUCUCAUUAAACAAGAGCAGCAGAAGCAUUUUCAAAGACGCUUUCAACCUAAGAGAUCACCGAGUUCAUCGAGAGAAUUGCUACGAUGGGACGUCAGUUCGCAGUUUCGCGUCCUUGGGGAUUCAGCACGAGGAUCGAACGGACGGUUUUUCGGGUCGAUGACGAGAUCUUCGAGCGGCAAUCGGGCGUUUUUCGGUCGGUCGGGCUGACUGGCUUCGGGGUCCCUGUGAAGUGCCGGUGAAAGUCGUCAUCGCCGCACGACGGAGGAGGAGUUCAGGGUCGUUCCAAUUGCGAGGGCUCGCGAUGUCACGAUUCUACGAACGGCUGGCCGUUACAUCGAUAAAAUGCGUGACGUUUAUGUAUGUGCGUGAUAUUAUGUCAGUGCAACAAGAAGGACGCACCUUCUGUCAUUGCGAGAUGAGCCUGAACAUUCAUGCGACCCUGCCAUCGAACGGGGCCGACACGACUCAAGUCAGUGAUGCACGUCACAUUAUUGGACGAGGACUUUAGGAUUUUUCACGAAGGACAAAGUGUCUUCUCGUAAAAGUAGUUAUGUACUUUUCAUAUCACGACGUUUCUUAAUCGUCGAGAAAUUAAUUCUUAAUAGGUGCGAGUGUUUUUGCGAUGUGUGCUGAGGAAAGUGACGCGAGAUGGACAUUUUCAAUGAAACAUUUCCCUCGAGAUUCAUCAACGAUGAUAGGUUCAAUUGGCGAAGGAAAAAUUAAGUGCCGUUACAAACGAAUUGUUGCUAUUACGAGACAAAUAAACGCUAAAGAAUAAGAGAGAGAGAGAGAGUGAGAGACGAGUUACAUCUUAAAAUUUAUAUAUUUUAAAAAUUCGAUGCAAUUUUUAAACGUAGUUAUAAAUUGAAUUAUUAUAACGUUGCCUCCGAGUGCCUUUAUGGAGAUGGUCGAAAAAAUACAUUUCGACCGGGUUCAGAGAUAUAUUCUGCGAUUUCAGUAUUAGAGCAUAUGUAUGCAUUACAAUCAGAGUCCUCCUUAUCUUACAUACACAUAAGUUUAUACAUUUUCUAGCAGUUCCUACAGAACCACACUUCCAUAUCAAACCUUAAAAAUUCAUAGAAAUUGCUGCCUAAAACGGCCCAACAUAUCAUAAAUGCAGAAUGCAAGUAGAGAUAUCACUCGCGAUGAAACUCUUAACUUCCCACCCUUCCUUUUUAUUACGAAAUAAAGGAAUAUCGUGGAGGCCUGACGCGAUCUGCCAUUAAUUGUAUGCCGUUCGCGACAAAGGAGCCCCGAUAUCGACAUCGAUGUCGUGGCGAAGCCGUUUCCGCGCCCGAUCCCUCGCAAGUACUCACAGCGGAUGAGCGAGUACCUUACCCAAGUUCGUUAUAAAGUUUGCUAAUAGUUAUUGUCCUCGGUUGCCUGCGCUGCUCUGCCGCUCAUAUGGUGCUUGUGCAGCAGCGAGAGCGGCGGUUUAAGCACACGGUGGCUUUUGUACGACGUGGGCCUUGAUUUCACCGCGUUCGCCUUGUCUCCCUCCGACCGCGUUCGUCGAGCACGUUUAUAAUCCACGUCGCCCGCGUAGCCUCGGGCCGAGAUCGAUGAUCGUACGAUCGGGGAUUACGUCGAUAAAUCGUCGACUCGGCGCUCAGUACGAAGCGCGGCAAUUGAGGUAUCACCUACUUUCCGGAUGGCCGAGAGAAAAUUCGAAGGACCGUUAUUUCAGGUAUAACAGAGAAUAGGCAUGGAGAGAAUAUUAUUUCAAGUGUAUUAAUCGUUAUUGAAUAUUGGGCGAGCUCAGUUUUUUUACCGAGAAUUAUUAGAGAAACGAGAAUCAUAAUGAGAUGUUCUCUCUGAGAUGGUUCGAGUAAAUAGUUGUUUCGGUUACCUGCGAAUGAUCAUAUUUUAUAGGUAAUUCCGUGUUUUAUAAAUGAUUUGUCAUUUUCAAUAUUAGUGGGGAGCAAUAAUAUACAAUCUAUGUAUAAGAUAUCUAAACCAUAUCGCUCUGCUCGAGUGUGCACAGCGUAAAGCGUAAAUGAUAACAGAUAAUCGCUGUUUCUCGUUGUUUGAGGAGAUUAGCGGGAAGCGAAAUGAUCUUCAAGUCUUAUUUUUCAAGAUUAUAUUUUAUUAGUUAUCGUCUCAGAUUUACAAUCUCAGUCUCGCAAAUAAAAAUCAAUAAAUAAUACAUUCGGUUUUAUCUAAGUAUAUUACUGCAAUUUAAUAUGAGCAUACAUUUAAUAUGACUUGAUAUCAAUCGACGCAAUAGUGGCUGAAUCAUUUUUCCGUCAUUAAUAUGUUUUUCCGCUAGUCACCGCGUUUAUCUGUUUAGAUUACGUGGAAAGUGAUAGUUUCAACGUGGACUGCUCAGCGUGACGAUCAACACCCUGCCUUCGAGUGUGUUCUUAUCGUCAUUAAUCCUCAGGUAGACAAUGAACUUCUCCCGUGUAAAAAUCUAUUCUCAGUAGCUCGUAAACUACACUGAAUGAUCAUGGUGAUGUUCGAAAGCUUCCAACGGACGAGACGGCGUUUCAAAUAAAUGGUGCCAGUUUAAUCAAGACCUCGCGUGAUAGAAAGUACCUUACUGUAAUAAUCGAAGGAGCACACAUCUUUCUCGCAACUAUGUAAUCGCAAUCCUUCCCCUUUAUAAACCUCCCACAUUAGUUUAAGUCAAUCCUUCAUUAUAAAUGACAUUUAGGACAGGAUCGACAUCUCGAAAUCGAGACGUGCCUAUGCAGUUCCACAAUCUUGAGAUAAAGAAAAGAUUCUUAUAUUCGUACACAUUUAGAGUGCAAAUUUUUUACGCUUUCAGUCGCGGAGAACGACUUCGUUCGUACCGUCUCGGUUUCGAGCUGACCGAUGCAAGGUAUUAGAAGCAUAUUUUUGUACCCGCUACGGUACACUCAUACUCGCGCAGGUCGCAAGUUUUUAGCUGUACAAGUCUACAAGUCAUCUGGAGAAUGCGCUUCUUCUUCGUCGAUCGCGUGCUACUCGGCGUGCUUUACCUGCCUACAAAAUUCGCACGAAACUCGUAUCAGCCGAGAACGUGCUGUUGCGUUUGUCCGAGAUGUUCAUCCCUCCGCUGUGCCCGCAAGCGUGACUAAACGAAACGAGCGAAGCGUUGACUGCAACUGCAGUUGCAGUUGUCGCGGAGAUUGCGAUGCCCCGAGGUAGAUACGUCCAUUAACAAAUCAUUCCGUUUCCGAUGUGUAAAUUUGUCGCGCGACACACACACGCGCAUACACAUAUACACACACCGCAUACUGUUGUUCCUAUGCGCACGAACGUGGCGAAUAAUUUUAUAUUCUUAGCUCUGUCAGCGCGUACUCUUGUUGAUUAAUUGAUUGCCGUAGCCACGAGAAAGCUCGACGAGCUCAAAGGAGAGGAGAGGAAAGGAGAGGUUUGGAAAGGAAUAAAUUAAAUUGGCCUUCUGAACUCGACUUCUCCAAAGGUUACCUCAGAAAUGUGAUACAAAACGUCUCAGAUAUUUUGAGCCUUUCAUUGUUUUACGAAUAUCUCGAUAAUUGCCAAGUUUUAUUGAAAAAUUUAUUAAGCAUUCUUUUUUUUCUUGUUCUUUUAACGGUCUACUAAAUAUAGAAUGUUUUGAUUUUCCCUUCUAGAUUUAUCAAAUUUAUUUUCUGUAAAGUCCUUUUUCAUUAUCUGUGACUGGAUAACAUUUAUUGUCUGAUUGUUUUAUUAAAAGAGAGCAAAAAAGUGAAUUCGAUAUUGAUCAAUACAAUACAUAUGUGGAGAACUCGACUUCUUUGGGUCACUCAAGCACUUAACUCUCAAAAUGAGAAGUGACGUCGGUGCAAAAAGCGCAGGAGGACGGGACAAGCUGAGGAAUUUCGAGCUUUGAGUGAUUAUCAAAGUUCGCCGAAUGUUCUUUCGCGAAACCGGGCCAACUCACAAUUCCGGGCACGAGCAGCGCGACGCGGAAUACGUAACGAUUUGACGACGAUGUACCCGCGUCGGUUGGCGAAAUAGCAGCGGUGGUGCUGGUGACGGCGGCGGCGCCAACCCCCGUUGUCGCUGCUGUGUAACCACCAGGGAAAAAUAAAUAAUCCGGGUACACGGCAUGCGCUGAGGGUAAAUACAGAUUCCGGCGGUUCGCGAAAAACUUUCUUAUCGGGGUGCAUCCCAUCGUAAAGGGAGCUUGUUAAGACUUUUGCCGAGGGCGUGACUGUCUGCUCGGUCCGAGAUUCGUAUAAAAUUUUGUACGCGCGUGAAAUAUUCGUUGCGCCAUGCGAACAUAUGAAGGUUCGUCGAAUUUUCUUUCUUAAAUUUUUCUCACAAUUACUGAUUAGAAUUAUUGAAAUUUAAUUGAAUCUUUUACGUCGAUCGAACAUUGAAAAGCGUUUUGGCGGUUGGUCGAUGCCAAAUAAUUUCACAGACGUCGCGAGGAGAUAUUAACGUUGACUCGCGAUGACGUUGGCGCGACACUGUCGAGAGUUGCGAAUUUUUCCGUCGCGUAACGCUACAAGGGCUGCCGUGGUCGUUGUAAGUGCAAGACGACAGUUAAGUAUGCAAUAAUGAUUAGCAGGCAUAACUGGUUUCCUGCGAAAAUGGGUCAUGCCCCGCGGGCACGCCAUUUAGAGAGAGUGCCGCCUACCUUUAAACCCAGAAUGGAACUAAUUUCUGUCUGAAACGAAAUUUCACGCCAGCGCACACCGGCGCGUUGCGGCAGACGUAUCGGAAAUUUACUCGCGUCCGCGUUCUCCGCGUUUAUAACAUUCUCUAGAGAUGUACAUCGAUACCACUUUUUAAAGAAUCAUUUAUUAACUGCAGGAGGAAAACAAAUUUGCACAGCAAAUUUUAUUUCCUUCCUUUCCCCAUAGUUUCUCGAACUUUUCUUUAAUCAACCAAUUUUUUAUCGUCUUCGCAUCACUUAUUGUUUUGUUUUUAAUUUCUUGAUCUUCCUAAAAAAUUAAUUUUUUAUAGUUUUCCAUCAAAGUCGCUCGUCAUCACGUUUAUUUCGGCGCCGAGUACGGCACGCGUGCACAGAGAUGGGUUUCCCCUAAAGUUUCACCGGCUCGUUAAUAAAACAUUGGCGCGACGCGGACCAGGCCGAGGACGAGCACGCGCACGCAAUGAGCCGCGCGUGUCGCGUGUUUUAACACGCAUCCUAGCAUACGUAUCCAAUUCUGCCGGAUUUUCCCAGUCGCCGUGCACGUUUUGUCGGUUGGAGUACGCCGCUGACGGCCGAUGGUUAACGGUGCUAUAAGCGUGUCACGCGAGCGACGAAUCUAAAUGCCGUCAACUACGUGUCACGUUGGCGGCACGAAACCGCGUGCAUUCGAAGGCACGCUCGUACCGAACAAAAUCCUGCGUUUGAAGGAAGCCCAUUCCGCAUUAAUCUUGAGUCGCGAUCUUGUCCGUGAUUUUCGAAUUUCGGCCAUGGCACGAAAAACGCUGGUCUUGUAUUGGAAUUCUACGCAACAUGUGCAAUAUGAUAGUGUGUAUAUCCGGUAGACGUAACCGAAUAAGUACAAGUAUGCCUAAGCGUGACAGCGCACGAAGAAUAUAUUUUCUGAAGUAUUUUGCGACGAGGAAAUCUCGCGCUCGCAACAUUGCGCCGGACCUUGCAUCCUAUUCUCUAUUUAAGAUUCUUCUUGGACAACCGUCUCUCGCGGUUUCUUGCAUGCUGGAGGACACGUGCAGAUGAGACAAAUGUACAGGAAAAAUGCGUGGAUGAGUGACGAGGAUUGAAUGAUGUUAUCGUGUUUCAUAGUUUAAUAAGUGUUGACAAUGUGAGAAAGAGAGAAAGUGAGAAAAAGAAGAGGCAGUUGCGAAGAGUAAAGCAAAUAAUGUUAACUGUAAUAUCGAUAAUAAUAGCAAUAAUGAGGAUUGUCGUUAUCGUUGCGCCGUUAAUGUUGGGUUGGUUGUGAGGUGGUUUUAUCAUCCGUCAUUGUUGCAUGGACGAGUCGCCUUCGGCGAUGUUUUGUUCCGGUGCCGAUAUGACUAUCCAUUGUUAUCAGUUACUAUUGUGCGAUUAUUAGGACAUACAAUUGCGAUCGUAUAAUUACGAUCGUUAAACGCGAUGACGGGUCAGGCCGGAAUCGGAAUUAUGUUACGCUCGAUGGUGGCUCGUUGCGUUACUACGCGACGAAGCGGAUGAAUUAUGUUACGUUAUGCAUAUGUUUUACUUGCUCGUUGUUACGCGCGUUAACUGCGGCUGCAAUUCGUGGAGAAUUGUGGAAGCGGAUAUAAUACAGUUGACGAAAUGAAGAUAAAGAAUAACGUUACCGAA